UCAUCGGCUGAAGAUAAAAAAUUUAAAGUUAAAUAAAGUUAAUUUUUAAAGUUAAAGUUAAUUUAAAAUCAUUUGUCCAUGAUUUAUGAACGCAAUUAUCUAUGUCUGUGAUCGCGGCACUCGGCUCCUGUAGAAUAUACAAUAAACAAUAAUAAUUCAAUAUAGUAAAUUACAAUGUCUCUGUCAGCAAUAUAAAAUAUUAGCACGUCCGUAUUGGGUACGUCUAUACUCUAUAGAUAUCGUUAUCCAUAUCCAAAUGAUAUGAACCAGAGACCCUAGUAUAUAAUAUACCUAAGCUAUCUAAUAGGAAGCAAUGGACCAUAUCUGCAUUUAUGAAUUAUGACGUCAUGAUCAGUGGUCAUGGCUAUCGAGUACAUAUACAGAACAAAUUAUAUACCUCAACUUUCAUUGAUAGCGCUAGUAGUUGGCAAGUUUUUAUCGAAUUUGAUAAGAAUAUUUAUCAUUUUAGUCUAUUCUUCCUCUCAAUUCCUAGGCCCUAGCCACGCGAGGACGGUAUUGGGACUUAAAAUAGUAAGCAACCUAAUAACCAUUACCCUAUUAAUAUAUUACUAUAGGCUAUAGCCGUACUUCUGUCUUCUGAAGGAAGCUAUUCAUGAAAUAGGACGGAAAUUUAAUCUUACACUAUUGAUUAAAAUAUUAAUUAUUACAUUUUGUCAAUGAUUUAUACCUAACAACAAUAUUACAUUAUUCCGUUUAAUCGUGAUCGCGUGUGAGAUUACAUUCGUAAUUUCAUUCCAUGCAGUGUUCGUGGCAAACGUUCGAUAACAGAUCGUAAUUCGGAAAAAGUCUACAAAAAUUAAUAACUAUGAAAUAACUAAUAAAAAUAGUAAUUGUUUAGCGUUGACUGCGUUAUUGAGAUAACAAACACCUUCCAUGCCGUAUUGCCGUGUUAAUGUGUUAUCAUCUCGCUUGGACCACAGAACGAUCCAACCGUCCGUCUACGGCAAUUCGAUUGUAGUAGUUUUAAGUUUUGGUAUUUGUGCGCAGUGGAAGGGGCGGUGAAAACGUAUUAUAUUAUCGUGAAUUGUGAUAUCGCCGUACAAUAUUAUUAUUAUUAUUAUAAUUUAUAUGCCAUUACUGCAAUUGUGUAGACGUCAACAAAAAAAUCCAAGCCUUAUCAAUAAUUGUAUAUUCUACUAUUCUCGCCCUCUCGGAAUUCGCAUUCGCGUCGAAAAGUGAAAACCCGAAGACUGUGACUCUUGCACGACGACGUACGUUUCUUCGGGCCAUUUGGGUUUGGGUUUUUUUUUGCGGAAAUUUAGUUUCCGACGCGAUAUCCGGGUGUUGACAGGCGAGUACCCACAAACGGUCCGCCAAGAUGAUGAGCCGCGCCGACGGUCUGGUGCAAAGGCGCAACGUCAACAGGGACAGCGCGGACGGCGUUUCCAAGGAGAACGGCCAGUCGGCGGCCGACAAACUGGACUACGAGGAAGACAUCGACGACGGUGACUCUAAAGAGACACGGCUCACAUUGAUGGAAGAAGUGCUGCUGCUUGGUCUCAAAGACAAAGAGGGGUAUACAUCAUUUUGGAAUGAUUCAAUUUCAUCUGGUCUACGUGGAUGUAUACUUGUUGAACUCGCACUUCGUCAAAGAAUUGAACUAGAAAAAGCAGGCAUGCGAAGAAAAAGCCUACAAAUGAGGAAAGUAAUUAUUAAAAAUGAGACACCUACGGGUGAUGUUCUGUUAGAUGAAGCUCUCAAACAUAUCAAAGAGACCAAUCCUCCUGAAACAAUACAAAGUUGGAUUGAAUAUUUGAGUGGUGAGACGUGGAACCCUUUGAAAAUCAAAUAUCAACUGAAGAAUGUAAGAGAACGAUUAGCAAAAAACUUAGUAGAAAAAGGUGUUCUUACCACUGAAAAACAAAACUUCCUUUUAUUCGAUAUGACUACGCAUCCAUUAACAGAUAAUGAAGCUAAAGUUAGGCUAGUUAAAAAGGUACAAGAUGCUGUUUUGUCUCGAUGGAUUAAUGAUCCACAUAGAAUGGAUAAAAGACUUUUGGCUUUAUUAUUGUUGGCUCAAGCAUCAGAUGUACUGGAAAGUGCAUUUUCUCCACUAAAUGAUGAAGACUAUGAAUUAGCCACUAGAAGGUUAAGAGAAUUAUCAGACAUGGACUUAGAAGUUGAGUCAAUGAAAGGUUCUACUAAUGACGUAAUUUGGGCUGUAUUUGCCAAUUUCAAUAAAUAAGUUCAUUUAAUACUAUUUAAAAAGUUAACCAACAUUCUUAAUACAUUUCUGGGGGAGAAUAUAAAUAUGUAAUAAAUAAUAUUGUUGUAUAAUCAUUUGCCAUUUUACGUUUUAUUGAUUUUUGUAAUGAAAUUAUAUUUUUUAUUUAAUAUGCAUUGACUAGGUAAACCUAAUGUAUUUGCAAAAAUGUAAAUAACUAGAAAGUCAACAGACUGUUGUACAAAAUUAAUGGUUAAACAUCAAAUGUGAAUGCCUUGUAAUAUACAUGUAUUAUUUAUUUUGUAAUAUCUAAUAUUACUUUUGGUCAUUAAGAGUUAAACUAAAAUUGUAUGUAGUAAAUUAUAUAAUAUACUUAUAUAAAGACAUACUUACAUCUUAUACUUCAGAAAUAAUACUGAUCGCAUAGCUACAAUUUUAGUGCCAUUUUUAUUCUUAAAUCUGCUAUUGUUAUAUUAAAAAUGUAUUUUUCAUUAAAUUUUUAUGUUGACAUUUAA